GAAGCCAUCACCACCAUUAUUAUCAUCUACUUCUCUUUGGUCAUUAUUGAAAAAAUCAUUAAUAAAGAAAAAUUCUAGAUCAAAUACCGAUUUGAUGACGAAUCCGGCCAUAAUAGAUCAAUAUCAACAUCAACAAUUGAAAUUAUUAUUAUUAUCACAAUAUAAAACGUAUCAAGGCCAUAAUUGGCUAGCUUUGGUUAGAUCUGACUACAAACAUAAUAAUUGGCAAAAUAAUCGCCAUCAUCUUAGUAAUCAUGGUGGUGGUGGUGGCGGUGGUGGUGGUAAUAAUAAUCACGAUUUUGAUAGAAAAAAUCAUCAUUAUCAAGUAGAUGACUAUGUCGAUGUUGUUGAUGAUAAUGGCCAAAUAAAUGUUGUCAGUAAUCAACCAAUAGCACAACCAAGGCCAAAUAAAAGAAAUCUGUUAUAUUAUCAACUACUAGAACAAAAUUUACAUUCAAAUUAUAAUUAUCAUAAUCAAAAACAACAACAAGAAUCAUUGAAUAAUAAUAAUCAUAUAAAAAAUUCAAAGUCAACACAAUCAUUAAUCAAUAAUGAUCAUCAUGUGAUAUUAUCAUUAGGUAAUAGUAGUAGAAAACAACAUCAACAACAUUAUAAUGAAAAUGAUAAUGAUGAUGAUAAAAGUAGUCAAAAUGAUGAUGAUAUUAAUAUUUUAUCAAAAAAAUUAUUGAUACUGCCACCUUUAUCAUCAUCAUCAGAAUCAAGAAUCGAUAUCAAGAAUAAUGUAUCGAAUUUAUCAUUAUCCUUACCAUUAUCAAAUGCUGAUACUAGUCAUUCAAGAAUUAAACGUCAUGUCAAUCAUCAUUAUCCUAAUCAUCAUCAUCAACAACAACAGUAUCCUCCUACCAUUCAACAAUCAACAAGUGACAUAUCAUCAUCAUCAUCUUCAGAAGAUUUCAAAAUAAUGAUCGAAAAUCGUACAGAUAUUUUUGAUCAUUUAGAAAUGGAAUCGAAAAUAUUUCGUCUGCAUAAUCGUUGUUCAAAUGGAGAUAUAUCAUAUAAUAAUCAUACGAAUAUGAAUGUUAUGUCCAAAUGGAAUAUUGAUCGAGCCAUAUUCGAUACUCAUCUAACGUUCAUUCCAUCUAAAUAUAAUGGUUUCGGUAUUUGGUGGCCAAGGCAACAAAAAUUUUUAUGCAUCAAUCCUAGUACUGGUCUUAUAAUUCCCAAGGAUUGUUUUGAUUGGUGUCUAUGUAGCUUUAAUGAAAUUGUUGCCGGUGAUCAUCUAAUGUAUGCGUUAGCCGUAAAGCCUGAUUGGAAAUUGGCAUUUAAUAAAGGUGGUCAACCAUUAGUAAUGAUGAAUAAAAUGCAAAAAAAAUAUCUCAAAUGUCGCCAUUUUACGAAAAUCGAGAUUGAUGAUAAUGAUUUUGGUAAUGAUCAUGGCCAUCAUCAUCAUCAUCACCAUCAUAAUAAUCAACAUCAUUAUCAUCAUCAUCAACAACAAAUAUUUGAUGGAAAAACCGGUCAUAACAAGUUAAAACAUGCUGAAGAUGGUAUCUGCGAUGAUUGGCAAAAAUUGGGUGAACAGAUAUUUGAUCAAGAAAUUUAUCGUGAUCCACGAUUAAAUUGUAUACUUACUCAUCAUCCACAAUUUAGCCGUUUAGAUUCGAAAAAAUUACAACGACAAUUGAAACGUAGAAAAUUGAAUAUUAAUCAAACUGAUCAUAAUGACAAUAAUAAUAAUGCUACCGAAUUGGUCAUAUCAAAAUCGAAUCGUUGUUUCAAUGUAUCAACCAUAUUAUUCAAUAAUUAUAAUAAUAAUGAUAAUUCAUAUCAAUCAAAUCGUCGACAACAACGUAAUGUAUCCAAUGGCGGUUCAACGAUAACAUCGAAAAAGAUUCGUCGUUUACCAAAGAAGGUCAGACAUUUGUGUGGGUGAAUAAGUGGUACAUUCGAUUGAAAACAAAUCAUCAUAUUGAUGCACAAAUAUAUGGAAAAAAAGGAUGUGACGACAUUUGUACCGAAUGAAUGACAUGUGACAUGGAAUUCGAAAUAUUUUUCUACCUUCACGAACAACAACAACAAAAUUUGACACAUCUAUUUUCUUCUAAGAAACCAAUUUUCUUUCCUGAAAAAACGUCUUAUUUUGAAUUCCAAGUAAGACAAGAUUAAAAAACACCGCCCACCUGUAUUCGUUAUGGAUCAAAAAAGUAAAAAACAAAACAAAAAAGAAGAAAGCCUUUCUACCAUACUACCUCAUUAUGAAACCAAAAAUUAAAAAAAAAAUAUUUCAUCAUAAAGAAAAACAACAACGUAAUAAUAAUUCACACAUUUAUCCAUCCAUCUUUGUAAAUUGAAUGAAAAAAAAAAUUGGAUAAAAGCAUGUCAACUGUCUCAAUUU